AUGCGCAGGAUCGCCGUGUGGCCGGCGGUGGCCAGUCUUCUCUCGCUCGUGGGCGGCAUUGACCUCAAUACGCUGCCGCAAUGGACGCACAUGUCACCGCUUCUGUCGGCGCCCACCUUUACGGGGCGAACGCUCUCGGAGCACCGGUCGUCCAAGGUCGUGCCGGCCUCGGACCCGAUCGAUCUCUUCCGCAUCGCGCCAAGCUGCACCGACGGUCGAGAUACAUGCGCUAUUCCGAGCUCGAUCGCGUAUGGCAGCAUUCUCAUGCAUUUAGAAGAGUGUUCGACGGACGCAGCGACGAACGCGCUCGCUGAAGCGGCACUGGCGCUCGCACUGCCUCUCGACGACCUCCGCUUGGUCUCUGCCUCGGCCUUGCAACUGGACGCGACGCGCGACGGGAUCAACCACCAUGAGGUCGUGAGCUACGUGACGCCGCAGACCACCAGCGUGUACUUUCGGCACCAAGUCAACCUCGGCGUCAACUUUUACAUUGAGUUUCAAGACACCCGCGAUCGCUCUUUGCACCAAGUGGUCGUCCACCUCAACACGCGCGAGCACUCGUUUACGCUGCUCCAGCACACGAGCUCGGUGGCUCCAGAUCCAGGGACAAAAGCCACCAAACGAGGCCCGCGCAUUCUCUCGUACAACGUCUGGAACGUCAACCCUCCGGCGCAGAUCUACGGCGUCCACCGUCGCUGGGGCAUGUACAACAAGCGCCUCGACCACCUCGGGACAUUUCUCGCCGACGCUGACGCCGAUAUCAUUGGCUUUCAGGAAGUGCGCGUCGACGCUACAUUCGGCCCACCUGGGCAGCACGCCCAGAUCCAGCAUCUCAUGGCGCGCCUCGACCAUACCACGUACCCGCAGUACGUCUACCGCGCGGCCAUGAGCUACUUGAACGACCAGGAUCCGCUUGAGCACAUUGAAGAAGGCCCCGCGAUCGUGUCCAAGUACCCGAUUGUGUCCACGGACUACAAGCUCCUCUCGCGCCAGGUCAACGACCCGAACGACGUCCAUCAGCGUCUAUGUCUUCACGCUGUGGUGGACAUGCCAUCCUGGGGGCUCGUCGAUGUCUACGUCACGCACCUCUCGCUCAGCGAGCGGUCGAGAGAGCAAACGAUGCUCGAGAUCUGGGAUUACAUGCAAGCGGGCCAAGGCGUCACCCAAGUGCUCCUCGGCGACCUCAACGCAGAGCCGUCGUCACGCGGCAUCCAGUUCCUUCAAGGCAAGGCGCCGCUCAAGGGGCAGACGACCGACCUCCGCGACGCGUGGCUGGAGGUCCACGGCGCCGAGCCAUCGCAGCCUCACGACAUGACCUUUCCAUGUGACGCGCCCAUCAAGCGCAUCGAUUUCGUGCUCUUCCGCGGCAAAGGCGAGGUCGACGCGUGCGACGUCAUCGGCCAGGCGCCGACGCCCGACACGGCGUCCAAUCCCAAGACAGUCGGCAUGCUCGAGUCCAAUAGUCCGAUCUACGCGUCCGACCACCGCGGCGUGCUCGCGCAAUUCAGCCAUCGCGCCGACUAA